AAGGCGGGGCUGGGAUCACAUGAGCGGAUGCGGCGAGGAGUGGUAACGGCCUGAGCGAGCCAGGCCGCCCUGCGGACAUGGGGCAGGGGGAGAGCCGGGCCCCCCCGGCCCCGCUGGACCUGAACCCGCUCCCGGACGAGCUGCUGGCGCUGAUCCUGAGCUGGGUCCCGGGCCGCGCCCUGGUGACCCGCUGCCGGCUGGUGUGUCGCCGCUGGCGGGACCUCAUCGACGGGCCCACGGUCUGGCGGCUGCAGGGCGAGAGGCGGCCGGGCUUGGGGGCCACCCUGGCGGCCGCCCGCCUCUGCCCCCCGCCGCGGUGGAGCCGGAUCUGCCUCCUGGAGCCCUUCGGGCGCAACCUGCUCCGGAACCCCUGCGGGCAGGAUCAAUUCUGUCACUGGCAGGUGGAGCGUGGCGGCCAUGGCUGGCAGGUGGAAGAGAACCGCUGCCCAGUCGAGGGCGCCCCGGCCCAGACCUGCUUCGUCUCAUCCUUUGACUGGUGCGUCAAAUCACAGCUCGUAGAUCUUCUAAAGGAGGGGUUGUGGGAAGAACUGCUGGAUACCUACCAACCGGAAAUCUACAUCUCUGAUUGGUGGGGCGCCCGGCAAGACUGUGGCUGUGAAUACUCCAUCUGCGUCAAGCUCCUGGCUGCUAACAGAAGUACUGUAAUCGCUGAAUUCCAGGCCAACCCUGAUCCCAUACAACAGUGGAACGACCAGCAGUAUCACCAGGUGUCCUACCGGUUCAGGCAGUAUGGCCAUGGAGUCCGGUAUGUGCAUUUCCUCCACAAAGGGAAGGACACACAUUUCUGGGCAGGACACUACGGCGCACGGAUCACCAACUCCACAGUCAUGGUGAAGCUCAGCUGAAAGCCAGUAGCGGGUCUCCACAAAUGUCUCACGUGAGCCGGAAUGAUGAUCUCCAAUUGCCUCUGUGAGCUCCUCUCCCAUCCUAGAACAAAUCAGGGGGAUGCAUCUACUUGAAAUUAAUACGCCCUUUUGCUUGAGGAGCUUCUUCGGUCCAUUCUUUCUAGCCAGCCUCAUCCCACAAAAGAGUACCUUGGCGAAUCCUUAGGUUCCUAGUGCCUGACUUUGAUCAGUAUGAAUCUGCCCCUGGACAGCAGAAGCAACAAGACUUUAAAGAUGGAAACAAUUGGGCUGGUGCCUCUAUUUGGGAGGCGUUGGGAUUGUGUCAUCAGAGCAUGAAGGGGUUAAAAAAAUAGUUGUUUAGGGUGGGGGGUUUUUUAACCACCACAAUGAGGAAUUUUCAGAUGGUCUCUGCCACGUUUCUGUUAGGAAGCUGCAGAGAGGUGGGUUGGAAGCUCGCUGCGUGUUCUGUUAAUGGAAGAGUUUUCUGCCAGCUGAUGCCUGUGGUGGUGCCUGUCUGUGUAACCAGAUUCACAGGUGAGCAAAAUAUACCCUCCUGCCCCCCGUGCUAAUUAGAUUGCAUGGUUCUGGGGAAGGGGGUUAGAACCCAGCUCCUGCACGGUUCGGGUAGUGCAGUGCUCACGAGAAUCCCAUACAGGGCAGCCCUUGGACAAAUGUAAAUAGCCGCUUGUUGAUUGUCCAGGAGUUUAUGGGGAACGUAACAUUCAGGUCUGUUCUCACUGCACUCGGAUUGCAGCAAAGCCAGGCCUGGUAGACACUCAGGCCUUUUGCUGACGUAAACCAAGGGUCAGCUUCUGAAGUAACUGACUGGUAUGUAAAUCUGGAAAGACUCCAGUGGAGUGACUCCAGAUUCAUCCAGGUCUACGUGAGACCAGAACCGGGGCCUAGCAGUGCUUUGGUGCAGUUCACUCCCCAUUUUGGUGGGCGAUGUGGGCAUAAGGCAAAGUCCACUCUUGUACUAAUGCAGGAUCACGGGGCAUGGGCAGGGGGUUAUAGGCGGAGCCACAGAGCCCACUCCCAGCAGGGGUUGAUGGGCAAGACCUUUCUAGGGGACUGGGGUGUAAUUUCUGCCACGUGGCCCAGCGACGGCCUUCAGUGUCUCAGCUGGUCCUGCGUGCAGUCAUCAGAAUGGGUCUUAGCCCUGCUAGUAAAGACAGGCCAGAACUGAUUGAGUUAGGAAUGAGGCCUGCUGACUCCAGUGGACUUAGGCCUGAUUUACACCAGAGAGAAGGAGAAAGGAGCUAGGGUAGCUAUUCAGUCCUAAGGCUGAGCAACCUCCCAGCCCAUUCCCUUGGUGCGCAGAGAGCCGAGAUGGAUGGUGGCCCUUUGGGCCAGGCUGUUUAAAAUGAUCCCACGGGCUUGGGCUGAAAUCCAGUAGGUUAGUUACUGAGAAAGCUAAUGGGUUUCCUGUUGGCCUGAAUUGUUUUUAUUAAUAAAAGGGCACGGAAGGUUUGAGCUGGUCCCCCACCAGAAAAGAGGGGCCACGGAAUGUAUUAGCUGGUCAGUUUCACAGGGCUGUCCUCAAAGGGAGUCGGUGAAAAUGAUACAACUGUAGGAAUGACCCCGGGCCCACAGGCCUGGGUGCCCCUUUAAUUGGGGCAUUUUGUUCUUGCUUGCAAG